UUUGCCCUACAGUUCAAUAAAACAGUGUUUUCGUACGGACGUGUUGUGUUUGUGCAUACAAGAUUUUUUAACGAAUGCGAUGGCUCCGUCAGUGCGAGAGUUUUACAAAGGGAAGAACAUCUUCAUUACGGGAGGGACUGGCUUCCUUGGGAAGGCGCUGAUUGAGAAGCUGCUAAGAAGCUGCCCUGACGUGUCCACCAUAUACCUGCUGCUGCGACAGAAGAAGGGGCUCAGUAGCGACGAGCGACUCAGGGAGCUGUGUAACAAUAAGGUGUUCGACGUGGUUCGAGAACAGAAUCCCGAAGUCUUCAAGAAGCUUCGGCUGAUCUCCGGAGACAUCCUGGAGGACCGGCUCGGACUGUCGGCUGAAGACGAGAGGGAGCUGAGAGAGAGAUGCAACAUCGUCUUCCACAGCGCCGCUUGCGUCAGAUUUGACCAAAAAUUGAAAGACGCAGUACACAUGAACACCACUGGAACGCUGAGGGUGCUGGAGCUCGCGGAAACCAUGGAGCACCUGGAGGUGUUCCUGCACCUGUCGACGGCGUACUGCCGCUGUCACCUGGACGUGCUCGAGGAAAAGUCGUACCCGGCCGUGCACGACCCGCGCCGCGUCAUGGAGCUCGUGGAGUGGAUGGACGACGACACCCAGAACUAUCUGGAGCCCAAGCUGAUAUCAUCAGAGCCGAACACGUACUCGUACACGAAAGCGAUCACAGAGCAGCUGGUGGAGGAGUACCAGGAAAAGUUCCCUAUCGCUAUAGCAAGACCAUCGAUUGUGAUAGCCGCGUGGAAGGAGCCGAUCCCAGGUUGGGUGGACAACAUGAACGGACCGACCGGUUUGCUUAUCGGCAGUGGAAAAGGCGCGGUGCGCAGUAUGCACUGCGAGCCCGCGUUCGCGGCGGACGUGCUGCCGGUGGACGUCACCGUCAACACGUGUCUGCUCGCCGCCUGCGCCACCGCCACCGACAGGCCGAAAGAAGUCGUUUUCUACAACGUGACCCUGUCCGAAGUCAUCAAAAUCACAUGGGGAGAAAUCAUCGAGUUAGGUAAGAAAUGGCUGGCAAUCUACCCGCACACGCUGGCGUUGUGGCACCCCGGGGGCACCAUCAAGUCUUACUACUUCCAACACCAACUGUGUGUGUUGUUCUACCACCUCAUACCGGCGUACCUCGUCGAUGGACUCCUGUUUCUACUCGGAAAGAAGACUUUCUUAGUGAACGCGCAGAAACGAAUCAGUCACGGCCUGAGCGUGCUCCAGUACUACACCACCAAGCAGUGGCACUUCGUCAACACUAACUUCAGAUCUCUAAGAAAUCGUAUAUCCAAGGAAGACGACGAGAUCUUCUUUACGGACGUGAGCCCGUUGGACUGUGAAGAUUUUCUUAAAAAUUACAUCCUCGGCGCGAGGUACUAUGUGUGUAAGGAAGACCCUUCCACUCUGCCACGGGCUAGGAAACUAUAUAGAAUCCGCUUCAUAGUAGACCAGAUCUUCCGCCUCCUCUUCUACUUCCUCAUCUUUUGGCUUCUCUACUCCUACAAAGACUUCUUCGUGACCUCAGUCGAGAAACUCGACUCUGCAUUGAAGAGCCUCACCCCGAUAAACGUCAAAGCAGAUGUGUGCGAAUUGAACGAAUUGAAUGAAGUUUUAUAAUUUUUCCCCCCAUUGGAAGAGAGAAGGGCAUGCCUUCAUAACAAUAUCGAUUCAAGUUUCGAAUAUAUUUUUUUACUUUGAGCAGAACAUAUCUAAAUAUUAACGUUUCGAAGAUUUAUAAUAGAGUAAAAAAUAUUAUGCCCAUUGCCCAUCUCUCCUUGGCUGCGCUGUGCAGUCGCAUAAUUAAUUGAUGAAUUAGAUACUCGCAAGCUACUAUUUAAAAUUAGUAUUUAUUUAGUUGUGUGUUUUAAACUUGAAUAAAGUUUGCCACAAGUGAAAAACUGCCAGAUUUUAUAACAGUAAAAUUUGUACGUUUUUAACAAUAGAUUUGUUAAUGUGAAUGUACUAUUUGCCUUACUGGCUUCAUUUACUUUCUUCAUUAUGUGUAACUUAUUUUUGUCUUGUCAAAUGUUGUCUCAAUAUAAUUUUGUAUUUAAGUGAAGUUCCUUUAAAAUAAAUAAGAACUUAUUGUAAAGAAUGUUAAGUAAAUGUAGGUAUAUACAUUAUGCUUGGAUGUUUAAUAAAAGGAUGUGGUUAUUUUAUACGGAUGAGGUAAUAAAAAGUGA